GCUCCGGGUGAAGCAGGCCACCUAGGGAGGAGGACCGGGGGUUUACGUAUGCUGUGUGAUAUAUUCCAAUCCAGAGGCAGGGGAGAGUGGAGAGUGUCGGCUAUGGCAUCGGUCUUGAUUAACACGCAAUGAGACUCCGCUUUAGAUGUUUGUGCUGUGAGCCUUGCGUGCAGUGACUGGUAAGCGGCGCUAGAGGGGGGCCCGGCCGAGGGCACGGUAUUCUGGCGCCUGGCUGCGCUGCUACACGGCCAGCAGAGCGGCCGCUCCUGGCCCGGCGAGGCGGUCAUGUGACCGGCUCCAUCGCCCUCCCCACCAUGGCGGAGCUGGAUGGUGAUCCCGUCUUGUGAGUCGUGUUUUUGUUGCUUAAAGGACGAUUUUGGGUUUUUGUUUUUUUUUCCCCCUGGAUCUGAAGGAUGGCCGACCGAGGCGUGGACGUGUCGGCUCUGCCGAAGGAGGUGAGAGAUCUGCUGGCGGAGCUGGAUCUGGAGCUGUCCGAAGGUGACAUCACCCAGAAGGGCUUUGAGAAGAAGAGGGCCAAGUUGCUGGCUCCAUUCAUCGUGCAGAGACCAGAACCACAUCCUGGGCCACCACCUGAGCAGCAGCAGCCUGAAGCCAGUAGGGAUGUGGACCCGACCCCAGAGCCUACGGCAACACCGAAGCCAACCUCUUCAUCGUUGUGUUCUGCGUCCGCCCGCCGUCGGCGAUCUCAUCGCAGCGGCGGUGCCCGGGAUGACCGCUAUAGAUCAGACGUGCAUACUGAGGCAGUGCAGGCCGCACUGGCCCAGCACAGGGAGCAGAAGAUGGCCCUCCCCAUGCCCACAAAGCGGCGCUCAACCUACGUUCAGUCUCCUGCAGGCAGCUGUACCCCUCCAGACACCUCAUCGGCAUCGGAGGACGAGGGCUCCUCCCCCCAACAGGCAUCUGUGGGCGGGGCUGUGGGACAGAACCUGCAGAGCCCCGAUUCCUGGAUCAAUCGCUCUCUACAGGGAUCCUCUACCUCAUCCUCUGCCUCCUCCACGUUGUCACAUGGUGAGGGAAAACCACAGCCAGCUCUCAUGGCUGACGUUGUGGUUCAUACUCGCCCAGAGAGCAGCAUUGUCCCCCCUGAUGUGACGUCCUUUGCAGCACAGGACAGGGGCCCCAGAGUAGACCUGCCCCCCAACAUGCCCGUGCGGGGCAUGAGUCGGGAGCAGAGCCGCUCCAGCAUGAUGGACACAGCAGAUGGUGUUCCCAUCAGCAGGGUCUCCACCAAGAUCCAGCAGCUGCUGAACACGCUGAAGCGGCCCAAGCGGCCCCCUCUGCGGGAGUUCUUCCUGGACGACUCAGAGGAGAUUGUGGAGGUGCCCCAGCCGGACCCCAACACCCCCCGGCCAGAGGGCCGUCAGAUGAUUCCCGUGAAGGGAGAGCCUCUGGGCGUGGUUAGUAACUGGCCCCCGGCCCUCCAGGCAGCCCUGGCUCGGUGGGGGGCCACUCAGGCCAAGAGCCCGGCCCUCACGACCCUGGACAUCACAGGAAAGCCUUUGUACACCCUGACUUAUGGUAAACUGUGGACCCGCAGCGUGAAGCUGGCUUACACACUUCUCAACAAGCUGGGCACUAAGACAGAGCCGGUGCUGAAACCUGGCGAUCGGGUGGCCCUGGUGUUCCCCAACAACGACCCUGGGAUGUUCUGUGUGGCUUUCUAUGGCUGCCUGCUGGCAGAGGUCAUUCCAGUGCCAAUAGAAGUGCCAUUGUCUCGCAAGGAUGCAGGAAGCCAACAGAUUGGUUUUCUGCUGGGCAGCUGUGGGGUCAGCCUGGCCCUCACAAGUGAGGUGUGCCUCAAGGGGCUGCCCAAGACCCCCAACGGCGAGAUAAUGCAGUUCAAAGGUUGGCCACGGCUGAAGUGGGUGGUAACUGACUCCAAGUACCUGACAAAGCCCUCCAAAGACUGGCAGCCUCACAUUCCGACUGCCAACAAUGACAUCGCCUACAUCGAGUACAAAGCCAGCAAGGAGGGCACAGUGAUGGGCGUGGCCGUGUCCAAGCUAGCCAUGCUGACCCACUGCCAAGCCCUGACACAGGCCUGCAACUACAGCGAGGGGGAAACACUGAUCAAUGUGCUAGACUUUAAGAAGGACAUGGGCUUGUGGCACGGCGUUCUCACGAGCGUCAUGAAUCGGAUCCACGCAGUCAGCGUCCCGUACGCAGUGAUGAAGGCCUGCCCGCUGUCCUGGGUUCAGAGAGUUCACAUCCACAAAGCCGGUGUGGCGCUGGUGAAGUGCCGGGACCUGCACUGGGCCAUGAUGGCCCACCGGGAGCAGCGGGAGAUCAGCCUGGCCUCGCUGCGCAUGCUCAUUGUGGCGGAUGGGGCCAACCCCUGGUCCGUGUCGUCAUGCGACGCCUUCCUCAGCGUCUUCCAAAGCCAUGGCCUGAAGCCUGAGGUCAUCUGCCCCUGUGCCAGCUCCCCCGAGGCCAUGACGGUGGCCAUCCGCAGGCCCGGGAUCCCUGGGGCACCUCUGCCCGCUCGGGCCAUCCUGUCCAUGGGAGGGCUGAGCCACGGCGUCAUCAGGGUCAACACAGAGGACAAGAAUUCCGCGCUGACCGUGCAGGAUGUGGGCCACGUCAUGCCGGGAGCCCUAAUGUGCAUCGUGAAGCCUGACGGACCUCCGCAGCUCUGCAAGACUGACGAGAUCGGCGAGAUCGUGGUGAAUUCGCGAGCCGGAGGCACGAUGUACUAUGGCCUUCCUGGUGUGACCAAGAACACCUUCGAGGUCAUCCCGGUGAACUCCAGCGGGGCGCCCAUUGGAGAGAUUCCCUUCAUCCGCACCGGUCUCCUUGGCUUUGUGGGGCCGGGCAGCCUGGUGUUCGUGGUGGGGAAGAACGAGGGCCUGCUGAUGGUGAGCGGCCGGCGGCACAACGCCGAUGACCUGGUGGCCACGGCACUGGCAGUGGAGCCGGUGAAGACUGUGUACCGCGGGAGGAUCGCCGUCUUCUCCGUGAGCGUCUUCUACGACGAGAGGAUCGUGAUCGUAGCCGAGCAGAGACCCGAGGCCAGCGAGGAAGACAGUUUCCAGUGGAUGAGCAGAGUCCUGCAGGCAGUCGAUAGUAUUCAUCAGGUGGGGCUCUACUGCCUGGCUCUGGUCCCUGCAAACACCCUUCCCAAGACCCCCCUGGGCGGAAUCCAUGUGGCUGAGACCAAGCAGCGCUUCCUAGAGGGCAACCUGCACCCCUGCAACAUCCUCAUGUGUCCACACACCUGCGUCACCAACCUACCCAAGCCGCGUCAGAAGCAGCCAGUGGGAGUCGGACCCGCAUCCAUCCUGGUUGGUAACCUAGUGGCCGGGAAGAGAAUUGCGCAGGCAUCCGGCAGAGACUUGGGGUUGAUCGAAGACCAAGACCUAGUUAGAAAGCUGUGUAUGUGGCCUACCAUGAUGCACCAGUUCCUGACCGAGGCCCUGCAGUGGAGAGCCCAGACGGACCCGGAGCACACCCUGUUCGUGCUCCUCAAUGCUAAGGGCGUCGCUGUCUGCACAGCCACAUGCAUCCAGCUGCAUAAACGUGCUGAGAAGAUCGCAGGGGCCCUUUCCGAGCGAGGCCUCAACACGGGCGACAACGUGGUCCUGCUCUACCCGCCCGGCAUCGAUCUGAUCGCCUCCUUCUACGGCUGCCUGUAUGCCGGUUGUGUCCCAGUCACAGUGCGGCCCCCCCAUCCACAGAACCUGUCAGCCACGCUGCCUACUGUCCGCAUGAUCAUUGACGUCAGCAAGGCCGCCUGCAUCCUCACUACGCAGACCCUCAUGAAGACCCUUCGCUCCAAAGAGGCCGCCUCAGCUGUCAACAUAAAAACAUGGCCGACCAUCAUAGACACAGACGACCUUCCACGAAAACGCCCUCCCCAGAUCUACAAACCCCCCACUGCGGAGAUGCUGGCCUACCUAGACUUCAGUGUGUCCACCACAGGGAUGCUGACAGGGGUCAAAAUCUCUCACGCUGCCGUCAGCGCCCUGUGUCGCUCCAUCAAGCUUCAGUGCGAGCUCUACUCGUCCCGGCAAAUCGCCAUCUGCCUGGAUCCCUACUGCGGCCUGGGCUUUGUGCUCUGGUGCCUCUGCAGUGUUUACUCUGGGCACCAGUCCAUCCUGAUCCCCCCUCAGGAGCUGGAGACCUCACUACCCCUCUGGCUCGGCUCUCUCAGCCAGUACCGCAUCCGGGACACAUUCUGUUCCUACUCCGUCAUGGAGCUGUGCACCAAGGGCCUGGGCACCCAGACGGAGGCACUCAAGGCCCGCGGCGUGAACCUGACGUGCGUGCGAAGCUGCGUGGUGGUCGCUGAGGAGCGCCCCCGCCUGGCGCUCACCCAGUCCUUCUCUAAGCUCUUUAAGGACCUGGGCCUGUCCUCACGUGCUGUCAGUACGGCUUUCAGCUCGCGCGUCAAUCUGGCCAUCUGUCUGCAGGGCACCACUGGACCUGAUCCCUCCACUGUCUAUGUGGACAUGAAAUCCCUUCGGCACGACAGGGUGCGGCUGGUGGAGCGCGGCGCCCCCCAGAGCCUUCCGCUCAUGGAAUCGGGCACGAUCCUCCCAGGAGUGCGUGUGGUUAUAGUGAAUCCAGAGACGCAGGGUCCACUGGGAGACUCCCAUCUUGGAGAGAUCUGGGUGAACAGUCCCCACAGUGCCAGUGGCUACUACACCAUUUACGGCGAGGAGAACUUGCAGGCGGACCACUUCAAUCUGAGGCUGAGCUUUGGUGACCCGCAAACGCUGUGGGCCCGUACUGGCUACCUGGGCUUUGUCAGAAGGACAGAGCUGUUAGAUGCCAGCGGAGAACGUCAUGAUGCUCUGUUUGUGGUGGGAUCCCUGGACGAGACCCUGGAGCUGAGGGGGUUACGCUACCACCCAGUGGACAUUGAGACGUCGGUGUCACGCGCUCACCGCAGCAUCGGCGAGAGUGCCGUCUUCACAUGGACCAAUCUCCUGGUGGUGGUGUCAGAACUCUGUGGCUCUGAGCAAGACGCGCUGGACCUGGUGCCACUGGUGACCAAUGUGGUUCUGGAAGAGCACCACCUGGUGGUGGGGGUGGUGGUCAUCGUGGACCCUGGUGUCAUCCCCAUCAACUCCCGGGGCGAGAAGCAGCGCAUGCACCUGAGAGAUUCCUUCCUGGCCGACCAGCUGGACCCCAUCUACGUGGCCUACAACAUGUGAAGUCCGACUGCGUGGGGACAACUCUGGGCUUCUCUGGGAAGGGGGUGUUUGCAACUUCCCCCAACCGCCAUUCCAAGCACGGCACGGUUUUCGUGGUCCCAGCAUGUACGCGUGCACAUGCGCAUGUCUCCCCAUCGGGAUCUGCACUCUCACCCCGUCGGCCCACGCGCAGAACCUCCCUGCCCCCGAUUCAGUGAAGCCGCCACACUCGGGG